UUUGCGAAAUCAACAGUAGCUUUAUUUUAUGUCACGCAAUGAUGUUGCCACUGCUGCAUCGUUGCACCAAGAUGGUGCUGCUGAGGAAGCAGAUGAGGCGCAAGGGCAGGCAUCUGAGGAGCUAUAGACGCCUGGCCCAUCGCCGGCUGCGCAUGAUGCGGAGGAUACGCGACGAGCUGCUGCAGAAGGUGCGCAAUGCGAUAGCGGGCAGGCAGAGGGACAUGGAGCAGGUGCAGAGGGAUCAGGCACGGCAUGAGGUGGCCAGAAUGCUGGCCAUGUACAAGAGAUGGCUGAACAGUUGGACCAAGUCGCUGUUGUCCCAGCGCCGGCUGAUUGUGCAGCAGCAACAGCUGGAACACCAGUUGGAUCGUCGGCUGCGACUGCUGCGCAAACAGCUGGGCAGGCAUCGUACACCGCAGCGGCUGCUGGGCAGGUGUUUCCUGAAGCUUAGGAAGAGCCUCAAGCGGGCUUCGCAUCUCCAUCCGAGCAUAGAGGGUCAGGCGCACCUCUGGGAAGAGGAGGCCGAAGAGGUUAGGCGCUACCUGUCCCAGCUUCAAGGCAAUCGCAAGAAGCCACGUAAUCGUCUCCUUAAGGGGUUUUCCGAUUUUUGGGAUAUUGAAGUGCUGCGCAAGAAGCGUCCCCCAAUAGACCCCAUGACAACCGAGUUCCGUAAGCCUUCCGAUCGGAUCUACGCCGUGCCAGAGAUGCCUGCCAAGCCAAAGAAGAUCAAGAAGAAAAAACACUCUGAGCCCGAGACCGAAUUUGUUGACAUUAGUUUCAAUGAGCUGCGCGGAGCAUACAAGCCAAAGGGGUUGAAGAAGAAACAGAAGAAGAGAUUGAAACGCAUCCAAAAGCCAACAAUCGAUGAGCUGGAGGAGCUGUACGCGGAACAGAUGGCCAUUAAGGCAGGUCGACCAUCAAAGUCCAAAAAGAGACACACAAAACGGCGCAGUCCAUCGACAACUCUCACCCGAAUGAAUCUGAAGAAAUUGCUAACUCUGGAUGCGGUCCCCGAGGAUGUCAGCGUGAAAACCAAAGUGGUGGGAAGGAAGUUAGCAGCCAAAAAGCAUGGGACAAGGGACAAUGGAGCUGGUGCACAGGAAAAGCCAAAACAGAAGCAACGUGGGGCUAAAAGAAGGCGUAAAGCGAGCCGUGGCUUGCCACAGAAAACGGAACCAUUACCUGACAUAGGACCCACUUUAAAAGCUGUGAAAAAAACCAAAAAGCAGCGACUUGUUGCCGAUAAGCCGCCAACGAUGAAUUUCUUUAGACUGGAGGUGCAGGACAAACUCACAUCCGAAACAAAUGAGAAUGGAAGUGGGGAAACAACUGAAAGUACGCAGGAUCAGGACAGCAAAGAAACCGAGCGAGAUCAUGAAAUUGAAAAUAGACAUGCAAAGAAUUUGGAGCCCACAAAUAGCGAAAUGUCUAUGCUAAAUACAUUGGAGCUGCUCCGGAUGGAGAAGAAUUCUUUGGAUGUGGAACAAAACCAUUGGCAGUCCUUAAAGUCCAUAACGGGAAAGCGAAAGAGCAGUGUCGCAAAGGAUACGCAGCCAGUCGAACAGUUUAUGCCGGGCAAACUGAGACUGCAGAGACCCGUAGAGCCCGGUCCAGCAGAUGCGGGUCUACGAUUUUCAGAUGAGAAUAGCGAGGAUAAGCUAAGGUACAGCUUCCACUUGAAUGACUUGAACUCGGACCCAAAGUUCAGGGGAUUGCAGCGCCUGCUGAAGGACGUUAUCGAGAGAAACAGUGUCCUGGAUGAAGUGAUCGAUGUCCAAGCUCUCAUGUCAGUUGUGGGCAAGCAUAAUAUGUGGAACACCCUGGCGGGUCUGCACUCGGAGCUGCUGGCCACGGACAUCGACCGGUCUGAUAUUGUGGAGCUUCUGUCCAAGAAGUAUCUCGACUACCUGCGCGCCAUUGUCAACGAGUAUGGGAACAAUCCGGCAGCAGAGGGAAAGUCCAUGACCUCAUCCAAGUACAGGAUCAGCAGCAUCAAUGUGCCAUCGGAAAUAGCCGAGAACAUUGGGUGGCUCAGUGAGCAUACGACCAGGCGCAUGGGUGACGGAGACAGUCCCUUCAAGGGCAUCUCCGCCGUUCAUUCAAAGCACGGACUCUACGAAAUGGCCAAUGCCUCUGGGCAAAUGGACCACGAUCAGCUGAAGAAACUAAUCAAUGAGGAGUUGAAAAUGGAACGCAAUCUGCGCGAGGAGCGGCGCAGAAAACUCUUCUCUGGCACCUCCGCUCGCUUCACCUCAACGUCGAGCAUGUCCCUGUUAGAAAUCGAUCCGAAAGAGGAGCAGAACCUGCAGAACGUCGAAAUGCGAUACUCUAUGAAGAGCAUACGCAAAAUGUUGGACACGUACACGCAACACUUUAAGUCGUUGGCCAAGAGCCCAGUUCUUUUGGCUCUCGAGAAGCAGAGGAGCAUCACGGAGGACAAGCUGAAGAGCCACGAACCAUGCCCAAAGACCCAUGUGAGUAAACGUAAGCAGAAAAACCUGCGUAGCGCCGAACGAUUGUUCUAUGAGCCGCGUCAGACAUGCCGCGUGAAGAACCUCCAUGAAGAGUCGGAAGACUGCGAGUGUGAACCCGCGUGCUCCGAUGAGACCUUGCUGGACUCAUGUUCGCAUGUCUACGGGAAGUGCCCGCGCUGUGGUGUCAAGGUCGAACUGCCAUCUCCCACGCCACAGGCCAGUGUCCUCUCCCUGUCCCAGGGCUCCAUUGAGGCGUGCGCCAAGAACGAGUUGAUGCUCAGCACCGUGGCGGAUAUUUGCACACACUGCGGCUAUAUACACGACAAGUGCCAGUCCUGCCCACAGCUGCCCAUCGGCCCGGCGCCGUUGCAGCAACUGCGGCGCAUUCAGGCGGCAGUCGAAGCCAACAACCGGCAGCAGCCCCCAACGAGCGGGAAAUACUCAUGUGCUGCUCGCCCUGCGGGAUCCUCAGGAAGCACACAAGAUACGCAGAUCGCUAGAUGGGAGAGUAAUCCUCCUGCCCCCUUUGAAGUGGAGAAACUUCUCGUCUGCAAAACGGAGCACAAAUCAGCCGGCUGA